AUGUUUAGAACUCUAGGGUUAAGCUUGUUUGAGCUGGAGUAUUGGAAAGAUGAGAUCGCCACCGAUGUCCAAACACUGUACCAGCGCCUUGUGUUCCGUCAUAAGCUGUACCAGCUUCGGGAAGAGAGAGACAUGAAGCCGGAAACUUUCGCCAGUCUCGUCUCCGCCAUUAUUUACGAGAAGAGAUUUGGUCCUUACUUGUGCCAACCAGUGAUUGCUGGAUUGGGAGAAGAUGACAAGCCCUUCAUCUGCACCAUGGACUCCAUUGGUGCCAAGGAGUUGGCUAAAGAUUUCGUUGUAUCUGGAACUGCUUCAGAAUCACUGUAUGGGGCCUGCGAAGCAAUGUACAAGCCAGACAUGGAAGCCGAGGAACUGUUUGAGACGAUUUCACAAGCACUUCUGUCGUCAGUUGACCGAGAUUGUCUGAGUGGUUGGGGAGGGCAUGUCUACGUUGUAACACCAAGGAGAUUAAAGAGAGGAUCCUAAAGGGAAGGAUGGAUUAAGCAGAUUCAUCAUUAUAUGCUUU